ACGUGGUUCCGAGGUCACGGCGAGACAGCCGGGCUUAUCUGGUCUGCCAUAUCAAAGCAGUGUCCGCCAUCACCCCAUUCCCACAAAAACGGCGCCAUGAUUGUUUUGUCUUUUAUUGCACUCCUACUUGCAAGUGACCAGACAAAUGGGGUGGCCACGUCGACGCCAAGUCCUGCAGUUGUCCACAACGUAACGGUCGCACACGCUCCCUCUAAUGCCAACAGAACAGUGUGCUACCCUUUUGUUGGCUGUUUCGACAACUUCGCCCCAUUUGACAAUGCAAAUCUCGACCUCCCAAGAUCUCCCGAGGCGAUUGGCACUGUUAUGCUUUUGUUUACACCAGAAGGCGGUUCCCGGGCGGAAGUGCUGGAUUACACGAACGUGAAUACAGUGGCAAAUUCACAUUACAACCAAAAGCGGAAAACUAAGUUCAUCAUCCACGGAUUUACAAAUACUAUCAACACUACGUGGCUUUACGACAUGAAGGAUGAGUUUAUGAAAUUAGAGCCAAUGAACGUAGUGGUCGUGGCGUGGGGCGCGGGUGCGACCUUCCCAGACUACUUCCAGGCGGUGGCCAACACGCGCAUGGUGGGCACACAGGUUCGGCUCAUGAUCGACCAGAUGGUACUGACAGGCGCGAGGCUGACAGACUUCCAUCUUGUUGGCCACAGUCUUGGGGCUCACACAAGCGGCUACGCAGGCUACCUGCUACAUGGAAAGUUAGGGCGCAUCUCCGGUUUGGACGCUGCUGAACCGGACUUCGAAAACCAUCCCAAAAUCAUACGUCUUGAUGCUGACGACGCCAUGUUCGUUGACGUAAUCCACACCAACGGGGCUCCUAUUUCUUCCGGUGGCGCAGGUCUAAUGGAACAAAGUGGUCACGUGGACUUUUACGCCAACGGUGGAGAGACACAGCCUGGAUGCCCUAGUCAAAUCACGGGGGUUAUCGGGCAGAUUUUCAACGGGAAAUUGGAUCAUUUGGGAGAUACAGUCAGCUGCAGCCAUUCACGUUCCCAUCAGUAUUUCACGGAGUCCAUCAACUCACCAUGUCCGUUCACGGCCUAUCCAUGUACAUCCUAUGAUAAAUUCAAGAAUGGCGCGUGUUUGAGUUGUGGGAGUACGGGAUGUGCACAGAUGGGUUACUAUGCCGACCAGUACCACGCAAGAGGAAAACUUUACCUGAACACCGAGUCCAGCUCCCCCUUUUGUGCUUUCCAGUACGGUGUAGUAGUGGCCUCUUCAGCGACCUCCAAGGGAACUGUAGCAGUGAGAUUAAAUGGAGAGUGGGGUACUUCUGGUUGGAACAGCGUCACAGAUGCUGAUGUGGACCUGACGUCUGGUCACAAUCUUCAGAAACUGAUCACAUCGCCUGUCGAGGUGGGGCAAAUACACAGUAUUGAUCUCCGCUACACGAAGAAAGCUGCCAGUUUCCUCGGCUUUUUUGCUGGAGCGGACUCUUGGUCAGCUCAUUCUGUCUCCGUCACUUCCGGUGAACUGGGAGAAAGUUUCGAAUUUUGCACUAAAAGUCUCGUGCUACAGGAUAGCUCUCCCGUCAAUGUGAGAAGAACGACCUCCCAUACAUGUUAAUAGCUGAGGCUUGUGGACAGAUCAGAAAUGAUACGACUAAUUAGUUGAAAUACAGUAUACGGCUGUGUGUAUGGCGAUAUGGAGAUAAUUGUGAGGAAAUCCUGUCGUUUCCCAUUCUACUUCAAAACUCAUCCACACACAAAUUAUAUUUUGUAAUACAAGCUUGGAAGAUGAUCCCAUGAAAUCGCCAUGCCUGUUGACACUGCUUUCAUGACUUUGUAUAUUACCCCAUUGAAUGCUAUUUUGCUGUUCCGAGUUGGACGGCCGACAUUGGUGCUUUACCCUGAAGGGAGCAUCUUUAAUACUUUGCAAUAGUUAACGCUUAUAUAAUCAAUGUCAAAUUAAUGUACAUGGUAUGUGAUUUUGUGUACUUGAUUUUACACACUUUGUAUUUUCUAUUGAAACUACAGAAUCAUGUCAUAUCAACUACCGUAAUUGCCAGCUUACAUACAUGUAAAUUAGUAUAACUGGAUAUAGCACAUGUCGUUAAAUGCAUUUAUUAUUCAAUUGUUUUAUUCGAAACAAUGUUGAUUUUGUCCAAUAUUCAUUUAAAAGAAACCUCGAAUGAAUUAAAA